GGCAGUGUUAUUCCUGAAUUUCCACUUUAAGUAAACUAAGUUUUCUCUAACUGAGAGUUGAUUACGUUAAUGGGGUUUGAAAAUGAAUUAACUGGAACAAAUCCCCAAACAGGUUUAAAGAAUUGGCAUGGUAAACGAACGUUGUAGAUCAGUAGGCAUGCGCAUCAUUUUAUGAAAUUCUUGUUUCAGAAGUAGGGUUUGGGGGCGGGAAAGUCAAUGUACUUGGUUACUUAAUCAACAAAAAAUAGGAAAGCCAGGCGCUGAGCAGAACCCAGGCUGAACCAAAAGCAGCAGAGUUCCCGGGGCCGCCCCUCCCGGCUUGUUCCGCCCCUGGUCACCUGCAGAUGUGCUCCACGAAUCUUCAGCCCCCAGCGGCGCCCGAGCCGAUGCUAUUUAAGGGUCGGCUCCCCACAGCCUGCAGCCAGCCGCGUCCUCUUCCUUCCCUCGCAGCUGCGGUUGGGCCGCGGCGACGGCAUGGGAGCCUUGGGUUCGCUCUGGGUUUUCUUCGCUCUCAUCGCUCCGGGAGUUCUUGGUCAGUGUAAGUUGCUGCCAAAGUAUUCUUUUGCUAAGCCUACUGUUGUGAGUGAUAAGUCUGAGUUUGCCGUUGGAACAACUUGGAAAUACAAAUGCCUCCCUGGGUACUUUAGAAAGUCAUUUACUAUCACCUGCUUAGAAUCCUCCAAGUGGUCAGACGCUCAGCAGUUCUGUAAACGUAAACCAUGUAUGAAUCCUCAAGAACCCCUCCAUGGUUCUGUGCAUAUAAACACUGGUAUCACGUUUGGGUCAACAAUUACAUAUUCUUGUAAUAAAGGAUAUCGACUCAUUGGUGACUCAUCUGCUACUUGUAUUAUAUCAGACAAUACUGUCAUGUGGGAUAACAGUGUGCCUAUUUGUGAAUUGAUUCCUUGUGAGUCACCUCCAGCCAUCUCCAAUGGAUACUUCCAAAGCAGCAGUAGAGACAGCUUUUUCUAUGGGAUGGUAGCAACUUAUUAUUGCCAUGUUGGAAAGAAUAGGGAAAAACUGUUUGAUCUGGUGGGUGAGAAGUCAAUAUAUUGUACCAGCAAAGACAAUCAAGUUGGCAUCUGGAACAGUCCACCUCCCCAGUGUAUUGCUAGAGUCAAGUGCCCAAUGCCAGAAAUUGAAAAUGGAGAUGUGGAGUCUGGAUUUAAACCCUCCUUCUUCUUAAACGAUACAGUAAUGUUUAAGUGCAAGUCUGGCUUUAUCAUGAAAGGCAGCAGUAUAGUGUGGUGCCAGCCAGACAGCAAAUGGAGCCCUCCACUGCCAACAUGCUUCAGGGGAUGUCUACCACCUCAAAAUAUCCUCCAUGGUGAUUAUAAUGAAAAGGAUAAGGAAUUCUUUUCUGUUGGCCAAAAAGUGUCCUAUAGCUGUGAACCUGGAUAUACUCUCAUUGGAACUAACCUUGUGGAGUGUACACCCUUGGGAGCCUGGAGCCCUUCAGUCCCAACAUGUGAAGUGAAAUCAUGUGAUGCCAUUCCAAACCAACUUCUCAAUGGCCGUGUGCUUCUUCCCCAUAAUCUCCAGCUUGGGGCAGAGGUCUCCUUUGUUUGUGACCUAGGGUUCCAGUUAAAGGGCAAAUCUUCUAGUCAGUGUGUUCCAGAAGGAGAGACAGUAAUCUGGAAUAAUAAGUUUCCUGUCUGUGAACAGCUUUCUUGUGACCCUCCUCCUGAAGUAAACAAUACUCGGAGACUCUAUUACUCUCUUCCCGUACUUCCUGGGACGGUCGUGAGGUACACUUGUUUACCUGGGUAUCGCCUCAUUGGAGAAAAGGCUAUCUUUUGUAUAAGUAAAGAUCAAGUGACUGCCACCUGGGAUAAAGCUACACCUAUAUGUGAACCUUGGAAUAAAAUGUCUGCUUGCUCAAAGCCCAUAGUACCAGGGGGAAUCAUAAAUCCAGGAUCUAGACCACCAUUCAAACAUGGUGAUUCUGUGACAGUUACCUGUAAAGCCAACUUCACCAUGAAAGGGAGCAAAACUGUCUGGUGCCGGGCAAAUAAAAUGUGGGGACCAACACCCCUGCCAGUCUGUGAGAGUGAUUUCCCUCUGGAGUGCCCAUCACUUCCAACGAUUCAUAAUGGACACCACACAGGACAGCAUGUUGAAAAGUUUGUUGCGGGGUUGUCUGUGACAUAUAGUUGUGAACCUGGCUAUUUGCUUGUUGGAAAAAAGACAAUCAAGUGCUUAUCUUCAGGAGCCUGGGAUGAUGUCAUCCCAACAUGCAAAGAGGCCAAGUGUGAACGUCCAGAAAAGCUUCCCAAUGGGCAGGUAAAAGAGCCUCCGAGUCUUCGGGUUGGCACAACUGUGUACUUCUCCUGUAAUGAAGGGUACGAGUUACAAGGACAACCAUCUAGUAAGUGUGUAAUUGUUGAACAGAAAGCCGUCUGGACCAAAAAGCCAGUAUGUAAAGAAAUUCUCUGCCCACCACCUCCACCUGUUCUUAAUGGAAGACAUUCAGGCAGAUUUUCAGGAAAUGUACCAUAUGGAAACAACGUUACCUACAUGUGUGACCCAAGCCCAGAGAAAGGAGUGAACUUCACUCUUAUCGGAGAGAAGACUAUCUAUUGUACCAACAGUAGUGAGAAGACUGGGAUCUGGAGUGGCCCUGCUCCGUACUGUAAACUUUCAAUUUCUGAAGCUCAGUGUCUACGACCCCAGAUUAAUAGGGGGCAAAUAUUAUCUAUUUUGAAGGAGAGUUAUUCAUAUAAUGACACUGUGGCAUUUUCUUGUGAACCUGGCUUCACCUUGAAGGGCAGCGGGAGAAUUCGAUGCAGUGCCCAGGGCACAUGGAAGCCACCAGUACCAGUGUGUGAAAAGGGAUGUCAGGCUCCUCCUAAAAUCAUCAAUGGGCAAAAAGAAGAUCGAUACUUCCUCAACUUUGACCCUGGUACAUCCAUAAGAUAUAGCUGUGACCCUGGCUAUUUCCUGGUGGGAGAGGACACGAUACAUUGUACCUCUGAGGGGAAGUGGACACCCAUUCCCCCCCAGUGCAAAGUUGCAGAGUGUAAGCCGGUAGGACCACAUGUCUUUGAGAGGCCUCAGAAUCACUUUAUUAGACCAGCCAUCAAUUCUUCUUGUGAUGAAGGGUUCCAGAUAAGUGAGAGUGCUUAUCAACUGUGUCAAGGUACAAUUCCUUGGUUUAUAGAGAUUCGUCUUUGUAAAGAAAUCACCUGCCCACCACCUCCUAUUAUCCUCAAUGGGACACAUACAUGGCGUUCCUCAGAAGAUGUCCCAUACGGAACUGUCAUCACUUACAUGUGCUAUCCUGGGUCAGAGGAAGGAGUAAAAUUCAAACUCAUCGGGGAACAAACCAUCCACUGUACAAGUGAUAGCAGAGGAAGAGGCUCCUGGAGUAGCCCUGCUCCUCUCUGUAAACUUUCCCUCCCUGCUGUCCAGUGCACAGAAGUCCAUGUUGAAAAUGGAGUCAAGCUCACUGACAAUAAAGCCCCAUACUUCUACAAUAAUAGUGUGACAUUCAAAUGUCGUGAUGGAUACAUUUUGAUUGGAAGCAGUCAGAUCCGGUGUAAAGCCAAUAACACCUGGGACCCUGAAGCACCACAUUGUAAAAAAGAAGGAUGUGAACCUAUGAGAAAACUUCCUGGCAUUUCAGAUCAUUCACUUAUAAAACUAGUAAAUAGAACCUGUCAAAAUGGGUACCAGUUGACUGGAUAUACUUAUGAGAAGUGUCAAAAUGCUGAGAAUGGGACUUGGUUCCAAAAGAUUGCAGUUUGUACAGUCAUUCUCUGUCCACCUCCACCAACAAUUGCAAAUGGUAGUCACACUGGCAUGAUGGCAGAGCACUUCCUGUAUGGAAAUGAAGUUUCUUAUGAAUGUGAUAAAGGGUUCUAUCUUUUGGGAGAGAAAAGUUUGCAGUGCAAAGGUCAUGGAUCUUGGAGUGGACCUCCACCACAGUGCUUACAAUCUUCUCCUUUAACUCAUUGCCCUGAUCCAGAAGUCAAAUAUGGAUACAAACUCAAUAAAACUCAUUCUGCAUAUUCUCAUAAUGAUAUAAUACAUGUUGUCUGCAAUCAAGGCUUCAUCAUGAAUGGCAGUCACUUGAUAAGGUGUCAUACUAAUAACACAUGGUUACCAGGUGUACCAACUUGUAUCAGAACUGCUUCUUUAGGGUGUCAGUCUCCACCCACAAUCCCCAAUGGGAAUCAUACUGGUGGGACUAUAGCUCGAUUUUCCCCUGGAAUGUCAGUCAUGUACAGUUGUUACCAAGGCUACCUUAUGGCUGGAGAGGCACGUCUUAUUUGUACUCAUGAGGGUACCUGGAGCCAUCCUGCCCCUUAUUGCAAAGAGGUAAACUGUAGCUUCCCUGAAGAUACAAAUGGAAUCCAGAAGGGAUUUCAGCCUGGGAAAACCUAUCGGUUUGGGACUACUGUGACUCUGGAAUGUGAGGAUGGGUAUUCCUUGGAGGGAAGUCCACAGAGCCAGUGCCAGGAUGAAAACCAAUGGAACCCUCCGCUGGCUAUCUGCAAAAACCGGUCAACUGUUCCUCUUGUUUCUGGUAUUUCUGCAGGCUCAGCAUUUAUCAUUUUGAUUAGUGUCAUCUUCUUUAUAAUAUUAAAAUCCAGAGAGCGCAAUUAUUAUACAAAAACAAGGCCCAAAGAUGGAGCUCUUCAUUUAGAAACGCGAGAAGUAUAUGCUGUUGAUCCAUACAACCCAGCAAGUUGAUCACAUGACAAAUCAAGAUAUAGAACUCUCAGCGACCUCUUCAGCACAAUAUCUGCCUACAUGCCACCAAGCUACCCUCCAUGACAACAAUGGACUGUUCUGAUCUAUAAGCCAGCCCCAAUUAAAUGUUUUUCUCUAUGAGUUGUCACGGUUAUGGUAUCUCUUCACAGAAACAGAAACCCAAAAUAAGACGGAAGUCGAUACUAGGAACUGGGAUAUUGUCGUGAUAGUUCUGAACAUACUUUGGUUUGGAAAGAUGUAGACUUUGGGAUUUGGGGCUAGGAAGCAGUGGAAUGCUUUAAGCACGACUGAAUAGACCACCCUAGAAGGAGCACAGAAGACAGUGAUGCUGAGGGUGAUUUGAACUGUGAGAGCCUGGCUCAAGAGGUUUCAGAUAAGAAGAAUUUUAGUAUGUGGCCUACAGACUGUUCUUGUGAUAUUUUAGUGAAGAUCGUGGCUGCUCAUGCCCUUGUCCAAAGAAAAAAAGUGCCUGUGGCUAAAUUAAAAGAUUUUGGAUUAAUUAGUUGGCAAAAGGAAUCUCAAAACAGUCUAAUAUUAACUCUGUUGUGUAGUUAUUAGUGGUCACUCUUGUGCAGACCUAUAAGCAAUAGGAGCAAGUUGAGCAAGGAACAAUACAAAAUGUAACAUUUGAGGAGAGAAGGAGCAUCAGAAAGUGUAAACAAAUUGGAGGAAACCCUGAUGCUAAAUGGAAUAAAGGGAGAAGUAACCUCAGCGCAAGACUCACCUAGCUAAGCUUCCAAUUUGUAAAAGGGAAUUAAAGAAAAGUUUAGGGGCAGGCAUGGUAAUGUACACUUUUAAACCCAGAGUUUAAGGCUAACCAGUCUGCAAAGCAAGUUGCAGGACAGCCAAGCCUAUGCAAUGAAGAAAAGCAUCUAAACAGAAAGAUUGUAAAAAAAAGUAUUUGAGGAACCAUGUGGAAUGAGGGCCCCAGCAAACAAUAGAACAUGGCAGCUUUGGCCAUCUGGUUCUGGCUAUAGAGUCAAGGAUACAAGAAAGGGAUCAUGGAAUCUCUUGUUGUGACUAGGGAAAGGUAAGAAGGCCAGACAUGUGUCAGGUGUGUCCUUGCAUGGAGGCCUAGAGAGACCAUUGUGCAAAGCUAUGAAGGUGAAGCCUGGAUUGCCUUGGAGACCCCAAAAUGUUGGAGAUGACAGAGCUGUGGGGUACUUUCAAAGGAGAGAUUCUAACCGUGGAAUCAGCCCAUGAGAAAGAGGUGUAUUGCAGCCAACAAAGCUGAAAGGAGGUGGAGGUCUGAAGAGCACUUUUGACAUCAGACAUGGAGAUACAGAGUUUGGAGUUUGCCCAGCUACUUUUUGGUUUAGUAUUUCUUCACUAUGCUCCCUGUAGAAUUAUAAUGGAUAUCCUGUGCCAUUAUGUUGAAGACCAUGGAGAAGAACAACAAAUGGCUUUAGAACUCAUGGAAUAUGGCCUACCAGUAGCACAAUCAUGAUGGGUGUGCCUUAGAGAGGCAAGGUUCCAAGGACUACAUGUCCUCAGGACUUCAUGCUGUUACGGAAACAACUCUGUUGUCUUCUCAGUCAUCACACCACUCCUAAUCUAUGAGAUGUAUAAAAACUCUAAGGGGCCUUCCAGUCCCUGAGUGGGCAGUACCAUUGACCCUUACAAUAAUGGUGAUUGAUCUUUUUCAAGCAUUGCUGCUGGAGCAGAUUAAAGAGUCAUCUACAACUUGUAGUAAGACUUAAAGAUGUGUAGUAACAUUCACCACCCUUAGAAAGAAUUUGGAGAUAAAGAUUGUUAGGAAAGUUAGAUUAAGAUGUUUUUGCUGGUGCAUUUGAUAUAGGAAACUUUAGGAAAUAAUCUGAGGUUCAGAAAGGAACAUUCUUAAUAGUUGACCUAGGGAUUUUUUGAGGUCAGGAGACAAGAACAAUGGCAGCCAGACUACUAUUGGCUGAUGUGCCUCUCUUGCUAAAGCUGGGCUAAUGAUCAAGGUGAUAAUUAAUUUCCAUUUUUUCCCUCAGAUUCCUGGUAUUGACUUAAUAAAAAAAUUGUUAUUGAGUAGAUGUGCACCUUGCAGAUUCUUUUAUAUAAAAGUUUAGAUUUAUGAUUCCUUAAAGAUUUUUAUGAUUACUUUUAAGGUAAAUAAUAAAAUUAUUCUUUCUUGAUAACUGCAAAUUUCUGCCUGCCAGUAAAAAUCUGGCUGAGAAAGUUAGCUUGCUUGCUUACACUUUGUUAAUUAUAACAAGUUGCUUGGUUCAAAAUGCAUGUGGAUUUUUGAAAAUAUUUUUAUAUAUGAUAUGUAAACCAUUUGAUCAUGAGAUGAUAUUAGGGAACACAUUUUUUUCUUCUAUGUAAACUCACUGUAAUUGUUCACUUAAAGAAAAAUACAAUGUAGUCACGUAAUUUUUAUACUGCUUGAGAGAUUUUGGUGAGUGAUACAAGCUAUGGGGGAAAUAAAGUUAAGAGAACUUGUG